AUGACUGGUACCAGUCUCUUCUCUCGCGCUCACAAGCCGAGAAGGUCUCCGCCCAAGAAGAUGCGCGGCUUCCUCGCCUUACCCGGUGAGAUCAGAAACCAAAUAUACGGCUACUACUUCGACUCGGAGCGUCGCUGUGAGAUCGCCAGCAAAGGAUCCAAAUUCACGCAGCGGCAGCCACAGACUGUCAAGUUGUCAUCAAAUGUAAUUGCUACAAAGAGCACGACUCCUGCGUCUGAUCCUGAGAUAAACGCGACUCCUCCUGUCGUGAUUCGCUUCUCGAGAUCACUUGGCAAAUACAACGCUGUUCAGGGCCUGCGAACGAACUGGGCGGGCUCGCUAUGUGCUCUAAGUCUUGUUUGCAAGCAAGUCUACGCAGAGACAGCGAAGUUGCUCUACCAAAACACGACUUUUGUCUUCGACGCGCCAAAGCGGAUGACAAACUUCUUCAAAUAUGCCUCGUCCAUCCACUUGGGAAGCAUCACCAGGCAGCGAGCUUGCGAGGCCGCCUCGAAACAGCUCACUGGCUUACGCGAACUUGAGGUCUGUGUAGAGCUUCACCAUAACCGUCGACAGGUCAACCUACGCGAGAAAUGGAUUACACCUCUGCUUCAGUUUCGUCGGUUAGCGUCCCCAAGGAAAGCCGCACGCCGGACUGUGGAGCCACUACCGCUUGGUCAACGACAGCCAGGUCUCGAGAUCGUCAAGGUCAAGUUCCAGCAUCUUUACAUCGAGUAUGCGUCGUUUGCUGGUCUCCAAGGACUGGACCAGGCAAAAAGGGAGCUGUAUCUGCUCUUUGGGCAGGCUAUCGGUCUCGCGAUCACAGGGGCGACAGAAGAAGCGGCUAUGUCUGGGUUCAGAGAAGCGUACGAUGGGAGGCAUGCACAGUACCGACCCUAUCUCCCAGUCUCUUGGGCGGGUUGA